AUGUCCAUCUCUGCGGACGCCGAGAAAUCGCAGAACGAGAAGUCGGAAACUCCCAGGCAGAUCGGAACACCGGAAGAUAUUCUGGGCAACGAUGAUGCGAUUACAGAAGAAGCUGCAACAUUGGCAGGAUGGAAGCUUUUGGCUAUUUCCUUCUCGGUCAUUCUUAGCAUCUUUCUGGCUUCACUUGAUCUGACGAUCGUUGCUACCGUAAUAUCCUACCUCACCAGCGAGUUCUAUGCUCUCGAUGAUGUCGCCUGGUACAGCUCAGUCUUACUCUUGACUGUAGCCACAACUCAAGGAAUCUGGGGCAAAGCUUUCAAAUACUUCGACAUCAAAUUGAUCUACCUUCUUAGCAUCUUCACCUUUGAAUUGGGAAGCCUGGUUUGCGCUGUGGCGCCUAAUAGUUCGACAUUCAUUGCAGGUCGCGCCAUAACGGGACUUGGAGCCGCUGGCACAUUUUCUGGAUCAUAUAUUGUAAUUGGUGUCUCUGCCCCAGCCAAGCAGCGACCAGCUCUCACAGGCCUCUUCUUUUACAUCAAUCUACCUUGUGGUGGAGUAGCAGCAGCUUUUGUGCUCAUGUUUCUUCGCAUACCUUCGAAUAUCAAGGUUACGGGAGUGUCGUUCAAGGAGAAGGUUCUGCAGAUGGAUUUUCCUGGGGUAGCACUGAGUAUUGGCGCUAUGCUCUGCUAUAUGUUUGCGUUGCAAUGGGGCGGUACUACGAAGCCAUGGGUUUCUGCAGAUGUGGUGGGCACGUUGGUUGGCUUUGUCGUAUUAGCUUUGGCUUUUAUUAUCCGCGAGUAUUACCAAGGGGACAGAGCCUUCCUCCCGAGAAGUGUUCUCAAGAACCGAAUGAUAGUUUUGGUGGCUCUGUACUGUUUCUUUCUUGCUGGUGUGUUUUAUAUAUUUCUUUUUCUCUUACCAGUAUAUUUCCAGGCGGUCAAAGGGACAGAUGUAAUCGAAUCGGGCAUUCGACAAGUUCCACUCAUUCUCUCCAUCACUCUGCUCCAAAUCAUAGUGGGCACUGUCAUUAGCGUUACUAGCCACUUUAACAUCUUCAUCAUUCUGUCCAGAAUCUUAAGUACAGUUGCCUCCGGUCUUUGGAUCAGUGUUUCCGCGGAUGCUGGCCAUAGCGUAUGGAUCGGAUAUCAAGUCCUCGCUGGGAUCGGCAUAGGCGCGGGCCUCACGGUUCCCAUCAUCGUUACACAAGCUAUCAUGGACCCUCAAGACAUAGCUCUUGCUACAGCAGUCGUAAUCUUUGGUCAAUCCACUGGCGGUACGAUAAUCCUGCCAGCAGCAACAUCAAUUUUCCAAAACAUUCUUCUCAAAACCCUCUCCAGAACGGCUCCUUCCAUCCCAGCUGCACAGAUCGUUGCUGUCGGAGCAACUAACUUACAAUCCAAAUUCACAGCCGCGCAACUACCAGGCAUCCGAGCGGCGUAUAUCAAAGGUCUACACGAUGCAUUUAUUUUGUCUGCUGCACUCUCGGCUAUGUCGUUGAUUCUUGCGUGCUGCUUCCCCUGGAGGAAUCUGAGGAAGAAGAAGGAAGUUGAAGACACAAAUGGAGUUAACGAGAGAAGGAGUGCCAUCAAUGAUUCGCCUGCUAAGGAAGCUUAA